AUGAAAAAAAUCGAGCACAAAAGAGCUUACUCAGACAUCCCAAUUAAAGACAUCUUGUUUCAAUCACUCCCUUGCAAAAAACCAGCGAAAAUAUCUGAUUUAAUUCAACAAAAAAAAUCUAAUUUCAACCGUAAAUUACAGUAUAUCCCGAAAAACUCAUUUAAGCAUCUUCCCGCAUUGCCAAAUCAGCAUAUUCGAUCAGUAUCAUUAGGUGCUUUAAAACUUCAGCCUUAUUUAAUUAAUCUCGAAGGUAAAGAAGUUAUAAAAGCUCCAAAAAUCUUUUCUAACCAAAUUUUUACAGACUGCUAUACCCUUUUCCCUUAAAUUUUUCUAUUUAUUUUAUUUUUUAAUUUUUAAUAAGGCAUAAGUUUGGCUUACCAGAAUAAUGAGAAAUUUAACCUGAAAAAUUAUAUGAUAAAGAAGGACAUCAUGAUAGAAUAAUCGAUAAUAGUGGACUUAUUGAGGUAUAUGAGGUAAAAUUUCCAAGCAAAAAUUUUCCGAAUUGGAAAAAUCGAGAAAAAGAUUUUUGCAAAUAUCAAGAUGUGAAACCACCAGAAAACAGUGCUUGCAGUAAUACUGAGUCUACAAAAAAUGUUAUCCAAAGGCCAAAUAUGAAUUCUGAUGAGGAAUCAUCCAGAUUGGCAUCUGAAAAAUCAACGAAUAUUUAUGAUCUAAUUCGACCUUUAAGCUUGGAAAGAAAAAGAACCCAGAAACGAUUUUUCUAA